CCGCCUUCGUAGCUUUAAACACUGUUAAGUACGUGACGCAUUAUGACGCAGCCUAUAAAUAGAGGCCGUUAGGUAGGAGUGUGGCCUAUUACAUAUCUUGGUCAGAGACGGUAGUGACAGUGGAGUAAAAAUGGCAACACUCAAGGAGAAGCUGAUCGCGCAGUUGGCGACAUCACAACCCAGUCAUUCAAAUAACAAAAUAACAAUAGUUGGCGUGGGUGCAGUUGGAAUGGCAUGUGCUAUAAGCAUCUUAUUAAAGGACCUAGCAGAUGAGGUGGCUCUAGUGGAUGUAAUGGAGGACAAAUUGAAGGGUGAAAUGAUGGAUUUACAGCAUGGUAGCCUUUUCCUUCACACUCACAAGAUUGUGUCUGGCAAGGAUUACAGUGUGUCUGCUGGAUCCAAGCUGGUUGUGGUCACAGCUGGUGCCCGGCAGCAGGAGGGGGAGAGCCGCUUGAAUCUUGUUCAGCGUAAUGUGAAUAUUUUCAAACACAUAAUUCCUGACAUCGUCAAGAACAGCCCUGAUUGUAUCAUACUGGUUGUAUCCAAUCCAGUGGACAUUCUGACCUAUGUGGCAUGGAAACUGAGUGGCCUUCCUAUGCACCGUGUUAUUGGCAGUGGCUGUAAUCUUGACUCAGCUCGGUUUCGAUACCUCAUGGGAGAGAGAUUGGGAAUCCACAGCUCCAGCUGUCAUGCCUGGGUCAUUGGUGAACAUGGAGACUCGAGUGUACCUGUGUGGAGUGGUAUGAAUGUUGCAGGUGUGAACUUGAAGGAACUCCAUCCUCAGAUAGGAACUGACUGUGACACAGAGAACUGGAAGAAGGUGCACAAGGAUGUAGUGGACAGUGCUUAUGAAGUGAUAAAAUUGAAAGGAUACACUUCCUGGGCUAUUGGGAUGUCUGUGGCAGACAUGGCAGAGACUAUUAUGAAAAACCUGAAUAAGGUGCACCCUGUAUCCACAAUGGUUAAGGAUUUACAUGGUAUUAAAAAUGAAGUUUUCCUGAGCCUUCCUUGUGUUCUGAAUAACCGUGGAAUUUCAAAUAGUGUGAAGAUGUUGCUGAAACCUGAUGAAGAAGCACAGCUGCAAAAGAGUGCUGCAACCCUGUGGGACAUUCAGAAAGACCUGAAGUUCUGAACUUCUUUCUAACCUUCCUCUGCAGCAGUAACUACAGCAAUGUUGCAGCAUGAAGCCCCUUACCUGCUGUCUUCUGUGAUCACUGCUUUCUGACCAUGAAUUGCCAGACUUGCAGAGAACCCCCUUUGUGUAGUGACUGUUUGCUAGUCAGACCACUGUCUUCCUCAUGUGUAGAAGAGGCAGCUAUGUAUUGAGUAAAAUCAUGUGAUUUUUAAAAGAAAAUAAAGUUUGAUCAACUCUU